AAGGUUGUAGUGAGUGGGAGAGAGAAGAAAAUCUUGGCUUAGCUAAGCUCGAGAGUUGAGAGAAAUAUAAAAGGGUAUCUGAGACUGAGAAAGAGCUCAAGCUCUCAACUUCAGUCCCCACUCUUGCAGCCCAGAGCCCCAUAAAAGUCACAGCAGGGACACUGAGUGAGGCAAUUGAUGGUUCUUCCUCUGGUCUGCUGCAUCAUCUGCUACCAACCAUGUUUUAAGGCGGUGGUUUGGUUUUUGUAGUAAGUUGACUGCCAUUGAGUGACUGGAUUUUAAACUGUCUUCAAAGAGAGUAACAUAACAUAGAGAGAGAAGGUUCAUCUUCUCAUGGGAAUAUCAGAAAGAAACACUCUGUGUCAUCACCACUCAUCUCAACUUGGUAGGUAGGGCUUGUAUGUGGUUGAGAAAGAAAAACAAACAAACUUUACUUGUAAUAGAGAGUGAGAGACUCAGAAACAAAGAAAGAUGGUCAGUAGAGAAUAGAUAGAGAGAGAGAGAGAGAGAGACACAAACACACUCAACUCACAACACAAGUUGGAUUACUUUAGGAUAUAGUCUAGUUUGUUGUGAAACAAAGGAACAGCCUUUUCAACCCCCCAUGGAUUCUUACGAAGCUACUAGGAUUGUGUUUUCAAGGAUCCAAAACUUGGACCCUGAAAACGCUGCCAAAAUCAUGGGGGUGCUUCUGCUUCAAGACCAUGGUGAGAAGGAGAUGAUAAGAUUAGCAUUUGGUCCUGAAGCUCUUCUUCACUCUGUGAUUAUCAAAGCCAGAAAGGAGUUAGGAUUUCCCUCGAACUCUCCGCCAACACCUUCAACUCCUCCAUCUCCUUCUCCUUUCCUUUCAAGGCAAAGUAGUUCCACUUCUUCUUCAAGGUUCAGUGGGAUCAACCUUCCUCCAUCUCUCACUAUCCCAAACCCUUCUUGGUCUUCUUCAAUGUCAGAGCUUCAUAACCCAGAGGAUUUGAUGAGUCCAUCAUCUUCCUUACCUUUCUACCCAAAUGGAAGUUCAGAUCCAGUAGUGGAUGAUUUUCAGCUUCAAGACCAGCUUUCUUUCUUGAAUGAUGGUUCUCCUACUCUUGCUCACAAAAACAACAAUCCUGAUUUGUUCUACUCUCACUCUGACUUGUCUUCAAGUCCCACAGACUCUGGUCUCUUUCCUUCCUAUGGCUGGGGAGGGUCUCUUCACAGGAGGAGUUGCUCUGUCAAUGAUGCUUGUUUGGGUUCUGAGGACCCAAAUUCAGGGUUGGGGUGGAAGCCUUGCCUUUACUUUGCAAGAGGGUACUGUAAAAAUGGUACUAGUUGCAGGUUCCUUCAUGGAGGACUUGGUGAUGGUGAUGGUGCUGCAAUUGUUGGGUCUCCCAGCAAGAUUGAGAUGAUGGACCAGUGCCAUGAGCUACUCAGAUCUAAAUCUGUUCAGCAACAAAGAUUGGCUGCUGCUACUUCUCAGCUCAUGGCUUCUUCCACUUUCCCUUACUCAUCUAAGUGCAUGAAUUUGCUUUUGCAGCAGCAACAGAAUGACACUCAAAGGGCAGCAGCUGCAGCUCUUAUGAUGAGUGAGGAUUUGCACAAGUUUGGAAGAUCCAGGCUUGAAAGAAAUGAUUUCUCUUUGAACAGUCCUGGGAUGGUUAACCCAGCUUCUAGACAGAUCUACUUGACCUUCCCAGCUGAUAGCACUUUCAGAGAAGAAGAUGUUUCGAAUUACUUCAGCAUUUUUGGACCUGUUCAAGAUGUGAGGAUCCCAUACCAGCAGAAGCGCAUGUUUGGUUUUGUUACCUUUGUUUAUGCUGAGACUGUUAAGCUCAUUCUAUCCAAAGGAAACCCUCAUUUUGUGUGUGAUGCUAGAGUGCUAGUUAAGCCUUACAAGGAGAAGGGCAAAGUCCCAGACAGGAAGCAACAGCAACAGGUAGAUAGAGAUUUUUCACCUUGUGGUACUCCUACAGGACUAGAUGCUAGAGAACAAUAUGAUCUUAACCUUGGAGGUAGAAUGUUCUACAAUACUCAAGACAUACUGUGGAGGAGGAAGUUGGAGGAGCAAGCUGAUCUGCAACAAGCUCUUGAGCUCCAAAGUAGGAGGUUAAUGGGGCUGCAACUUCUUGACAUCAAGAAGCAACACCAACGUGCUUUUUCCACUGGAAGUCCAAUUCCUUCCCCAACCCACUCUCCUAACAUGUUUAACCAAAAUCUUGUUCUUCCUUCAUUUCACAGAAGCUCAGAGGCCUCAGAGGAGAAUGGUUCAUGUUCUGCUUCAGCUAGUACUGUGUCUGCUUCUGCUGGUCAGCAAGUUUCUGCUGGCAAGGAAGAAGUCGUUGUCAAUGUGGAGAAUGGAGAUAGUGAAGGCAGUGGCAAGCAGAGCUCAAGUCAUGAAGACUGUGAUUUGCAAGAAUGUUCGGAGCAUAAUCUCCCUGAUAGCCCUUUUGCUUCCCCCACGAAAGCUGGUGCAGACUUUGUGGCUCCAUUUUCCAAUGGACCUAAUGAGGCCAUUGAUUCUGAUGCAUCUGGCAGCUCUAAAUUUGGUACCAGCACAUUACUUCCACCAGCAGCAUCUGCUCUGGACAUGGGGUCUUACAAAUCCUUCAACUGCCAAUUACCAAGGUUCUCUUCUGGUCACGGAACUAUUGGGAUGUUUGCGGGUACUGGCGGACCGAUUGGCAUUUAGUUUCUUGAGACUCAGGAGUUGAAGAUGACCAAACAAACAAACCAGGACAUGUAACAAAUCUGUAGAGAAUCACCACCACUAUCACCACUGCGGCCAUCACCAUCAUUACCACCAUCAAUGAUCAAUACUAUACUACUUACUACCAUACAAAGUGCAUACGUUUAAAGCAGUUUCAGUAAAGGAAGUGGGGCAGGCAUUUCCUUUUCUUUAGCAUUAUUGUACCAUUUUCUCCUCAUAUCUGUAGUAGCUGAACCACACAGGUUAAAAAUAACACAGAAAGAAUCAAUGUGUAGUAGGAACUUCUAGCAAUGUUGUAUUUUCUUCUCCUCCACCCCCUUGGUGGAUGUAGUAGUGUAGGUUGUUGUUAGUCCUAUGUUGUUACACAGGUUUAGGUUUCAAGUCUUUACUUAGAGAAAGCAUGAACAGAUUAAGUGGUAAAACAGUAAAAUGCAGAGAUGUAUAACUACAAGGCUGAUUCAAGAAAUCACACUACAUAAUUGGUAGUAUGAGUUUGAGGGCCAGGAGGGAAAGAGGGGAAUGUAUAAUUGUUAAUCAUAGCUGGAUUGAAGUUAAAAAGUUGAGAUUUUUAGUUUCUUA